CAGCCAGCUUCAACCUCGUCUCCAUCUCUUGCAACUCCAAGCUCCUGUCACCCAAGCUCUUGUUGAUUGCUACGAACCUCGCAUCAUUAUCGCAGCUUAAAUCUGCAGCUUCAGUUCAAGAGUUAGUUCGGUUUAUCUGCUGUGCCGACGGACCUACUCCACAAGAUCCGGAAGUGGAGGCGCUAUGGCGGAAGAUCCAACGGCGCCGAGCCUGAACCUGACGCCAGAGGAGAAGCGCGUGUUUGGCCAACUGUUUCGAGAGGCAGAUUCAGAGAAUAUUGGGGUUGUCACAGGAGAGGUUGCAGUCAAGUUCUUCGAAAAGACUAGGCUCGAACCACGCAUAUUGGGAGAGAUAUGGCAAAUAGCGGAUAAAGAGAAUAGAGGCCUGCUUACGCCUGCGGGCUUUGGAAUCGUGCUGAGGUUGAUCGGUCAUUAUCAAGCAGGACGAGACCCAACACCCGAUCUGGCCCUUCGUCCUGGACCUCUCCCCAAGUUCGAUGGCGGAUCUGCUCCGGGCAUAAGUCCUGUUGUACAACCACCUCCUGGGCCCCCGCCAAGUGCAUUGCAACCUCAAGGCAGCGGCUCCGGGCCUAUUCGAGUACCUCCUCUUACACCAGAAAAGGCAGCGCAAUAUGCUGGGCUAUUCGAGAGGUCAGGAGCUCAAAACGGAGUGCUUCCUGGAGAGCUGGCGAAGUCAAUAUUUGAACGUGCAGGAUUACCAAAUGAUGUUCUCGGGAGAAUAUGGAACCUGGCCGAUACAGAACAGAAGGGAUCACUCCAGGUGACUGAGUUUGUGAUCGCUAUGCAUUUAUUGGCAUCCUUCAAAUCUGGUGCACUUCGGGCGCUGCCGAAUCUUCUUCCUGCUGGCCUCUACGAAGCGGCGGCUCGUCGACCACCCAGUAGACAGUCUUCUGGUGCUGGAGCUAUGUCCGCGAUCCCUAGGCAAUUCAGUGGUGCUGGAACAGCCCGAACCGGUAGUCCGCUAAGUCGACCUUCUUACACUGCACCACCCCAACAAUUCCCUCAGAACUCUGGUCCUGUUGGAGACUGGGCCAUCACUCCAUCAGAUAAACAGAAGUUUGACGGCAUUUACAACAAUCUCGACAGAGCUAACAAGGGCUACAUUACUGGUGAUGAGGCAGUACCCUUUUUCAGCGAAUCCAAACUCCCCGAAGAAGUUUUGGCUCAAAUUUGGGAUCUUGCAGAUAUCAAUUCUGCUGGUCACUUGACCCGGGAUGAGUUUGCAGUAGCGAUGUACCUUAUACGGCAACAGAGAGGGAAGCGGGAUGGCAGAGAUUCUUUGCCCAAUGUUCUACCGCCGAACCUCAUUCCACCAUCGAUGCGCAAUCAGAUUCAUCCUGCAUCUCUUCCAACAGCACCUGCCUUCGAUGCGGCCCCGUCAAUGCCCAAAUCAGCUGCGGAAGACUUGUUUGGUCUUGACGCUCUAUCAUCACCCGGCCCUGCCCCGACGCAGGCUCCUCAAUCCACUGGUGGCUCAGGCUCAUUCGGCGCGAGUCGUCAAACAGACAAUGAUCCAUUUGGCUCACGCGGACCCAUGACACCAACUUCACCGACCGCCAAUUCCCCUCAACACCAAACUGUUUUCAAGCCUUUUGCACCUUCGUCCUCCUUUGGCCAAAGUUUGAACUAUCAAGGCACUGGAGGUUCAAACAAUUCGGGCCCUGCGCAGCCAAGGUCCUUCCAGCCGCAGCAUUCUGCAGCUGAAGACUUACUUGGCGAUAACGACCCAGAGAUCAGCAAGAGACUCACGAAUGAGACGAGUGAGCUCGCAAAUUUGUCUAAUCAAGUUGGCUCUUUAUCGAAGCAAAUGCAGGAUGUUCAAGGUCAACGGGCAACGUCUCAAAAUGAGCUGAAUCAAGCCAACACUCAAAAGCGCGAGUUUGAAACACGCCUCUCACAACUUCGCGCUCUGUACGAACAAGAAGUUAAGGACGUCAGAAGUCUGGAAGAGCGACUUACAGCAUCCCGCAAUGAGACCAAGAAGCUGCAAACUGAGAUCGCCAUGAUUGAAGGGACUCAUGCGGAUCUCCAGAACCAACAUCGACAAAUUGUUACUGCCUUGCAAGCAGAUCAACAAGAGAAUGCCAACUUGAAGGAACGCAUGAGAGUUAUCAAUGCCGAGAUCGCCCAGCUGAAGCCUGUUUUGGACAAGCUUAGGUCAGAUGCUCGUCAGCAGAAGGGAUUGGUAGCAAUUAACAAGAAGCAGCUUGCAACGAAUGAAGGAGAAAGAGAAAAACUAAAGUCCGAAGCAGAGGAGCUGAACAAGAGUAUUGAAGAGGACACCAAAGCACUCGCUAUUGCUUCCAAGGCUCAAAGUCAAGUGCAGAGUCCCGCUCCAGUUGCAAGCCCUGCACUUUCUACCAUGAGUGCCAACAACCCGUUCUUCCGUCGCCAGGGUAGCUCAACGGAUAUCUCCAACUCACCAUUCGCGACUUCGCCUGGUGCAAACCAACAAAAUGACCGUUCUUUUGAGAAUGUCUUUGGUCCAUCUUUUGGCGCUGGGGCAGCUGGCAGUGAUGCUCCAACAACAAGCUUUAGGCAGGAGAGCAACCGUUCUCCGUCAGUUGGGUCUGCAUCUGCACUUCCAGUUCGGUCACAGACGACAGGUGGAAGCGGUUUUGGAUCCCAAUCGUCGUCACCUCCGCCAACGGCUAACCGAGAGCUUCCUCCUACCACCACUAUUCCACCCCCACCUCCAGAGUCUAGGCAGAUCAGCUCCAGCUUUCUGCCCUUUCCCUCUCACGAUGACUCUGUAACCUCCUCCCGACAGGUAUCCGCUCCUAAUAGUCGAUCUGGAGAAGGCUCUACCGGGGCUGAUACACCUACGAAUUAUAUGGGAACGACACCGACAGGCUCGUCAGCUGCAGGCCCAACAGAAACUGCUAGAGCCGUGUCCCCAGGUAUCGACCGAAAUUCUAAUGCCUCCCCUAACGCACCAGAUCAUAAAGACUCCAUUCCAGGAGCUUUCCCAGGCGACUCUAACUCGACCAUCACCGCAACUCCUACUGGCGGGAGUACUUUGAGUGAUGCCACAACCGAUCCCUUCGCAAUGGUCAAGGCACCAGAGCGAACCGGAACAGCCAAGGACGACUUCGAUUCUGCCUUUGCAGGCUUCGGGGGCGCUGCCAAAAAGCAAGAACGCUCGAACACGGGGAACUCUUCAGCGUCAGGAUCCGCUGCUGCCACUGGGUUUAACAAGGAGUUUCCACCCAUUGCAGAACUAGCAGAUGACGAAGACAGCGACAGUAACAGCGAGGGCGGCGGGUUUGAUGAUGAUUUUGCUCCAGCCUCUCCUGGCCAUGCGAGAAAGAUCAGUGGCUCACAAGCACCCGCGUUAAGCGAUGGAAAUGAUCUGCUCGCUGCAAGACCAACCGCUGUCCAGCAAUCGUCUGCAUUGAGUGUUGGAACCAGUCCACCGACUCCUGGCGCCCAAUCGUCACCUCCCGCAUAUGAUAAGUCUGUUACGUCGACUGAUCAAGCUCAUGCGGAAGCUCAGCAGUACAUUGGACUUCUUCCUUCCCGUGAUGUCCCAACUCCAACUUCUGCCUCUCCCGAGCAGAUAUCAGGGCCUUUUUCAAGCGGACAGACACCGUUUGGUGCCCCGUCCACUUCCGCUCAACCAGUCGCUCCGCCGAAGAUACCGUUUGACGACGACUUCGAUGAUUUUGAUGGCCUUGAAGAUGCUAAAGAAGGCGAUGCCGAUGAUGAAUUUGCUAAUGUCUCUGCCCAUGAUCGAUCUGGUCUGGAUGAUUUCAAUCCUAUGUUCGAUAGCCCUCCACAAUCAAAGGGCCAAGAACAUUCCAGUCAACAAGGUAAUGGUUUCGGAGGAAGUAACAAUGCCUUCGGAGAUUUCACUCAAUCUCCAAUCACUACCCAGACCUCGACCACAGCCGCUCCUGUCAAUGACAAUCAAGACUGGGAUGCCAUUUUUGCUGGUCUCGAUGAUGCUCCUCCGACAGCCACUGAAGCUCCCAAAUCCGCAGAGACCGUCAAACCUCUCGGUAAUGGCACCUCUACUAGCCCUCCACCCGAGCGUCCCCAAAUCGGUAGAGCGCUCACAGAAGCUGGCGUGCACGACGACCCAAUCCUGAAGAACCUGACUGGAAUGGGAUACCCCAGAAACGACGCCCUCGCCGCACUGGAGAAGUACGACUACAAUUUAGAAAGGGCUGCGAAUUACCUUGCCAGUCAGUCUUGA